AGUGUGUCCAUCACUUUAGAACCCCACAACCCGACUCAAGUCCUAGUCAACAGCGAAGUGGUUCUACGAUGGAACUAUACCCUCGGUGGAGAUCGAUUCAGGGAGGUUGAAUUCCGAAGGACCAGGACCGGAGCGGACGAAAAGAUCGGACUGAUAGAUAGAGAGGUGUUUUUGUACUUAGCAUUCCAAUCGGGAAGAUUUGAAGUUCAGGCGCCGGCAACCUUGGUAAUUCGCAAUGUCACGGCGGACGAUGCAACUGAUUAUAUACUCACAGUUGAAACUAAAACAACUUCUGAUAUAGAAACCGCAGAAAGUUCAAUAACCCUCGAUGUUCUC